AUGAAUAAAAGAACGAUUCAUAGUGUAAAUAAUGGGAUUGAUAAUGGUGCAACUAGUAGUUUAGCUAGUCCUUUCAAGACGACAAAGACUGUUGUCAAUUCUACAACUACAACUAUUACAACUACAUUGAAUAACCCAGCUAAUAACAAUAACAACAACAACAAUAAUAACAACAACAACAACAACAACAACAACAAUCUCGUUCAAGUAGUAGAGGACGGAGAGAAUUUGACAAACUUUGUGUCAUGUCCUGUAUGCGAAAAGGAGAUGUUAGCUUUACAUAUCAAUGAUCAUUUCGCAAAGUGUGGUGCUAAUCUAUCUCCAAGCAAUAAAGGAAAGAACUCACGACCAAUGAUAACAUCCUCUACUCCAACACCUAACAUAUCAUCAUCACCAUUUUCUUCAAUAUUGAUAUCUAAACCAAAACCAUUAACAAAUAAUAAUAGCAAUAAUAAUAAUAAUAAUAAUAUUAGUAACCGUUUCAUUAAUAUUGAUGAUAAUGAACCACAAUCACAACCGACUAACAAUCUGAACAAUAAUAAUAAUAAUAAUAAUAAUAACAAAACUAAUAACAAUAAUAAUAAUAUUCCUGUAUUACCAAGUAAUAGUGGUAAUACACCUGUGGCAUCUUUAGCAUUAUCAAUUCAAAAAAUACAACACCAACAACAAUCACAACCAGUUUCACAACCAAGUCAACAACCAAGUCAACAAAGUCAACAAAGUCAACCAACAUUACCUGGAUAUCAUAUUAAUUUUACAAAGAAAGGAAUUCAUAUGCCAUUGGCAGAAAAGAUGAGACCAACUACAAUGAAAGAAUUUAUAGGACAACAUGAAUUGAUGGAUCAAAGUUUAAUUUCCACUCUAUUCAAAAGCGGUGACAUGCCAUCUUGCAUUAUAUGGGGCCCACCUGGUUGUGGAAAGACAACAUUAGCAAGGCUGAUUGCCAAGAAUUCAAGUUCUCAUAUCAUCAUGAUGAGUGCUGUUGGCUCUGGUGUAGCAGACAUCAAAAAACAUGUCCAAGAAGCUCAAAACUCUCUUGCUUUUGGUAAAAAAACUAUAUUAUUUAUUGAUGAAAUUCAUCGAUUUUCAAAAUUACAACAAGAUGCAUUAUUACCUCCUGUUGAAAAUGGUAUAGUUACUUUGAUUGGAGCAACAACUGAGAAUCCAUCAUUUGAAGUAAACAAUGCAUUGUUAAGUCGAUGUAGGGUAUUUACUUUAACGAAAUUAACGACCGAUAAUAUAGCAGCCAUUUUAAAAAGAGCGAUUGAAACGAGUAACCAGUAUGCACAGGUCAAGAUCAAAAUUGAAGAAUCAACACUCAUGUCAUUGGCAGAGUUGGCAGAUGGAGAUGCUCGAUCAGCACUCAAUGUCAUUGAUAUGGUAUUGAAAGGAAUAAAAAACUCUGGCAAAGAGUCAAUGACGAUCGAACGAGAGCAUUUGGGAGGACUGAUGCAACGUGCUAGUUUGCAAAACGACAAGAAUGGAGAAAGCCAUUACAAUAUGAUAUCGGCAUUGCACAAGUGCAUUCGUGGUAGUGAUGCCAAUGCUGCAACGUAUUGGUUGACGAGAAUGUUAAAGUCUGGAAGUGACCCACGAUUCUUGGGUAGGAGAAUGAUUCGAAUGGCAAGUGAAGAUAUUGGACUUGCUGACCCUCUAGCCAUGGGUAUCGCUGUUGCAGCGUUCCAAGCUGUAGAUGUAGUUGGUAUGCCAGAAUGUUCAUUGUCACUCUUGCAAGCAGCAGUUUAUCUAGCACAAGCACCCAAAUCCAAUAGCUUGGAAUUGGCGUACAAUGAAACAUGCGAUUUCCUCGCAAAUCAUGACUCCCCACCAGUUCCUUUACAAAUAUGUAACGCACCUACCAAACUCAUGCGAGAUAUUGGGUAUCACAAGGGUUAUCAAUACAAUCACGAUUAUGAAUCACAGCUUGAUGUCGAUCAGCAAUAUCUACCCGAUUCCAUCAAAGAUAAAGUAUUCUUUACUUACAAACAAACUUGUAAUGGUGUUCAAAGAAUGACACAAAACUUUGUAUCUCCUCCUCCUCUUAUUUCACAACAAUCAGUAUUUAAAAAUCAAAAUCAAAAUAAUAAUAAUAAUAAUAAUAAUAGUCAAAACAACAACAUUCAACCUAAUAAUAAGAAUAAUACAAACUCGACUCCAAGUUUACUUUUGCCAACCAAAACAAUUUCAAAUAGCCAAACCUCAACCACAAAUACACCUCCUCCUCAAAACAAGACCCCGACAAAAACAAUAUCUCUUAGAACAUCCAGUAGUAGAAAUAAUAAUAAUAAUAUAAAAGCUGGUCCAUCCAGUCAGGAAAGUACUACUAUUAUAGCAAUAAUAUUAGUGAUUCAAGCCAACCAUCCACACAAGAUGAUGAUUAUGAGAUAG